UAUACAAGGUGACUGCCCUUGUAUUAUGAAAUGACAGUAUUGCCCCUGACUUUGCUUUUUGUGAGCAACCAUGAUAUUUCUCUGAUAUUUCUCAUGGCACUUGCCUUUCCUGCCUUCCAGUAUAUAUGCUCCCAUCAAAGUGUAACAACUUGACCUUAUAUGUUGGGGUUAUUUUUUUCACUGCAAAAAGCCUACAAGAACUAGCUCCAUCCAAAACAAAAACAAAAUUUGACAAAUGGGCUCCAUUAAUGGCAGAUUUUCUAGAGCUCGAGAAAGCACUGUCUUGCUUGUUUUCCUCAUUAUGUGAGUUGGGGUUUGGUCUCCAUUGAAGCAGAAGGAAACGGUUUUCUUAAGCUUACUUGAGGUGAGAGAGGGACUGUUUUUGAUCUAAGAAAAAGCUGAAAGAAAGUGAUGGUGGAUUCAGUAUGCUAUUAUCCUAAAAUGUCCUGGAUUCAAUCCCAAGCCAGGCUGAAAAAUGGCUUCCUGACCAGCUCUGCUGUAUCUCCUCUGCUUUCCUCUUCUCUUUCUGCUUCCAGUCCUUUACAACCAUAUAAUAAUGAUUACCAAAAGCAACCAACCAUGUCUUCCUUAUCAUCAUCCUCUGGCAGUAAGAUAAGCCCUGCAAUUCUUUUCAUCAUAGUUAUUCUAGCUGUUAUUUUUUUCAUAUCCGGUCUCCUUCACUUGCUAGUUAGAUUUCUUAUAAAGCAUAGAUCUUCACCAGUUUCUGAAUCUAACAGAUACCCAGAUAUGUCUGGGUCCGAUGCUGUCCAGAGACAAUUACAGCAACUCUUCCAUCUUCAUGAUUCUGGACUAGAUCAAGCUUUCAUAGAUGCUCUUCCUGUUUUCCUCUAUAAAGAGAUAAUGGGUCUGAAAGAACCAUUUGAUUGUGCAGUUUGUUUGUGUGAAUUCUCAGAACAAGAGAAGUUGAGAUUGCUUCCACUGUGUAGUCAUGCAUUUCACAUUAAUUGUAUAGACACGUGGUUACUGUCUAAUUCAACUUGCCCUCUCUGUAGAGGAACUCUAUAUUCACCUGGCCUUGCCAUUGAAAGCCCAAUUUUUGAUUUUGAAGAUCCCAGAGAUGAAGAUGGUUCUCUAGGGAAUGGAGGAAUUGCAGUUGUUUCUAGUCAAAAGCCUGCAGAAAGUGAAAUUGUUGGCCAGAAGAGGGUAUUUUCUGUCAGACUUGGCAAAUUUAGAAGCAUAAAUGAUGGUGGGGAAGGUGGAGAGGUAGGAGGACAAGAAGGAGAUGAAAGAGGAAGAGGAGAGGGAGAAACCAGUAGUAGUAACUUGGAUGCAAGAAGAUGUUACUCAAUGGGUUCCUACCAAUAUGUGGUUGCUGAUUCAGAGUUGCAAGUGGCUUUAAGACCAAAAAGAAAAGGAGGAGGAGGAGGUGGUGGUGGUGAUAGUGUAAGGCUUGUGAAAGGAAGAAGUGGACCAAAUGGGAAUUCCAUAGUUGAUGGAGAUGCUGAGGGGAAGAAAAUUAACAUUGGAAGCAAAGGUGAAAGCUUUUCAGUUUCCAAAAUCUGGCUAUGGUCUAAGAAAGGAAAAUUUCCAAGUUCUUCAGAAACCCAUUUGGGUGGCAGUUCUUCUGUUACUGGGGUUUUACCAUUGACUGAUAGAUCUCAUAAUACGUGAAGGUAUUUUUCACUGUUUCUAGUUCUUUCCCUCAUUGUGAUAGAUGACUCCAUUUUUUGAAAAAAGAAAAGAAAGGAAUAUAUGGCUUUUGCUCUCUCUCAAUUAUAUUUCUUUACUGCAGUGCUGCUUCUAGGGUAUUAUGCUUCUUUCCUGUUUAACUUUAUGGCAAGUGGCUAUGUACUUUACCUUAUCAAUGGAAAUUCCAAGCUCUUGUAUGUUUGACAAA